GGCUGAGCAGACACGCGACCGGCGCGAGGAGGGGGCUGGGAGAGGAGCGGGGGGGAGACACUGUGGCGCGUGCCGCUUUUUAAAGGGGCGCAGCGCCUUCAGCAACCGGAGAAGCUUCGUUGCACGCGACCUGGUGUGUGAUCUCCGAGUAGGUGGGGGAGGGUCAAGUAGAGAAAAAAAAAAUAAGAAGACACAGCAGUAGAGACCCAGGAAGGGUUUUUUUGUUGUUGAGCUGGUUUGCCAGUGCCUCCUCCGACUCUGCGCCUCCGAGCUUCUGCAGUGCAAUGUCCCGCCUGCUGCAUGCAGAAGAGUGGGCUGAAGUGAAGGAGUUGGGGGACCACCAUCGCCAUCCCCAGCCGCAUCACCUCCCGCAGCCGCCGCCACCACAGCCACCUGCGACCCUGCAGACGAGAGAGCAUCACGUCUACCCGGCCGAGCUGUCCCUCCUGGACAGCACCGACCCACGCGCCUGGCUGGCUCCCACUUUGCAGGGCAUCUGCACGGCACGCGCCGCGCAGUAUUUGCUUCAUUCUCCAGAGCUGGGUGCCUCUGAGGCCGCCGCUCCCCGGGACGAGGGAGACGGUCGCGGGGAGUUAGUGAGAAGGAGCGGCGGUGUCGGCGGCGGCAGCAGCAAGAGCCCGGGGCCGGUGAAAGUGCGCGAACAACUGUGCAAGCUGAAAGGCGGGGUGGUGGUAGACGAGCUGGUUUGCAGCCGCCAGCGCGCCCCUUCCAGCAAACAGGUGAACGGGGUGCAGAAGCAAAGGCGGCUGGCGGCCAACGCGAGGGAGCGACGCAGGAUGCACGGGCUGAACCACGCCUUCGACCAGCUGCGCAACGUUAUCCCGUCCUUCAACAACGACAAGAAGCUGUCCAAGUACGAGACCCUGCAGAUGGCCCAGAUCUACAUCAACGCCUUGUCCGAGCUGCUUCAAACGCCCAGCGGUGGGGACCAGCCACCUCAGCAGCCAGCGUCUUGCAAGAGCGACCACCACCACCUUCGUGCCUCCGCCCCCUACGAAGCAAGCGCGGGUACCACGACUGCAACCGGGACCCCGCCAGCCUCGGGAGGGGGCCAGCGGCCAACCCCACCCGGAAGCUGCCGGACUCGCUUUUCCGUCCCAACCUCCGCCGGAGGCUACUCGGUGCAGCUGGAAGCUCUACACUUCUCGACUUUCGAGGACAGCGCCCUGACGGCGAUGAUGGCGCAAAAGAACCUGUCACCUUCGCUGCCUGGGGGCAUCCUGCAGCCAGUGCAGGAGGAAAGUAGCAAAACUUCGCCCCGGUCCCACAGAAGCGACGGGGAGUUUUCCCCCCAUUCUCAUUACAGUGACUCGGAUGAGGCAAGUUAGGAAGGUGACAGAAACUCGGAAAACUGAGACAGAAGCAAAGUCGCCCUUUCCCAGUGCGCGGAAAGCCCCGCGGUUAAAGAUCCCCGCAACCUUUUCCCUUCUGCUAAGAGAUGGUCGUUGUUUAGCAGCGACUUGGCUUCAGAUGGCAGCUACCCUUGAUGGUUUGGAAAAGCCACCGCUAUCCAAAUUUCCUUUCGUCUGUAUUGUUUGAUGAAAGCUUGCUGUUAAAGUUGCGUUCUUUCCUCCCAACUUUUGCACCCCCUGUAGAUAGAUAACGGAUAAUUGUAUGUACUCAUACAUAGCAUCAUUAUUCUAGUUCCCUGCUGCCAAUAAGCUGCUAAAACAUGUCAUCUUCUCUGUCGCUGGUUUGUGUUUAAUUUAUUGUAUGCCCUGGGCAUCCAUCUCUGUGUGUUGCGCGCACUCACGUGUGGGAGAGUGAUUUUUCCCAAGUUGUCUCCCAAAAUGCAUAAGGAAACGCAAAUUUGAGGGAAUAACUUUUAACUAUGAAAUUGCUAGAAAACGAGGGACGCUGAGGUUUGUAUAUCGUAUAAACUUAUCCAGUAUGUACAUCGGGCCGCGAGAACCCUUAGGAAACGGCGCACGCACUUUACCAGCCGCUACUGCUGCGGCUCGGGGACAAACUCAACUGCCAAUUGCAGACCAGUUUUGGUUUUUGUUUUAUAAACACGGCCACUUAUUAUCCUUAAGCUCUUUGCAAAUGUUUGUUUAAAAAUUAAAAUAAAAAACCGCAUUUAGUAGUGUCAAACGCAUUUGGUCCACUUUAUGUUGCUUUGUUAAUGUUAGAAAACGUAUUUAUUAUUGAGUGUUUGCUACCAUUUCUACUUACCUUGAUUCAUUUUUUUUUACGUUUUCUACUUGAGAUCAUUUUAUUUUAAUUUAGCAAAGCCAACUGCCAUUGUUUUAUGUAUUCCUUUUGCAAAUGAUAAAAAUAAACGUGAAAGUAAC